GAAUAUUUCAAUGGCUUCAUUUCCGACUUUGUCGAAACUGCAGUGAUCUUUUUCCGGUCUCUUGUCGUAGUACACGCACGCCAAAAUGAAAGCCAAAGGCGAAUUGAAAGAAUUCGAGGUGAUCGGUCGUAAAUUACCGACCGAAAAGGAAAAAACUACUCCAUUGUAUAAAAUGAGAAUAUUUGCACCUGAUGCUAUUGUUGCGAAGUCCAGAUUUUGGUAUUUUCUGCGACAGUUGAAAAAAUUCAAAAAAUCCACAGGAGAAAUCGUCUCUCUUAAACAGAUUGCAGAAAAGACUCCAAUAAAAAUCAAGAAUUUUGGAAUUUGGUUGAGAUAUGAUUCAAGAUCUGGGACCCAUAACAUGUACAGGGAAUAUAGAGACCUUUCUGUUAGUGGUGCAGUAACACAAUGUUACAGAGACAUGGGAGCCCGUCAUCGUGCCCGUGCUCAUUCAAUUCAAAUUAUUAAAGUUGAAGUUGUAAAAGCUGCAAACUGUAGAAGACCUCAAGUUAAACAAUUCCAUGAUUCCAAAAUCAAAUUCCCACUACCAAAACGUAUUCAUCAUAGGAAUCGUAUGCCACUUUUCAGUGUCAGAAAACCACGUACCUACUUCCUUUAAAUAUUUUCAAGCAAAUGUUUUACACAUUGUCAUUGAAUAUAUUAUUGUAAAUCAAAUAAAGGAACAACAUUUGUUCUAACAUGAUA